AAAGUUGGCGUUGGCCCAUGAGAUUGAGUUGGUUUUUGGAAAACUGACGAAGAUUACAAAUAAUAAAAUGGAACGAUCAUUUUUUUGGUACGUGGCUGCAAGAAAAUUAGCACAAGAAAUAAAAUUACAAAAAUCAUCGUGUCAAGAGUCAACUCUGGACGAGAGUGUGUCGCUGUGUCGUGAGUCCUGAGUCGCGUGUUCAUAGAAUCUCUUAAUGCACAUUCCAUGAUGUUUAGCAGAUUUGAGGCCUGAGCCAGCCAUCGUAACAACAGAACUUUUUUGUUCUGGUAUUGACCUUUCAUCAACAGCAAUCUCAGAAUCAUCACUUGGAUAAACAACACCCUGUUAGAUGGUAAAAACAACCGAUUCUCGACGAGUUACGAAUCUCUUCUUCCCUUUUCUUUAAAUACCCUUUGUUCUCGUGCACACCUAUGUGUGUGCGACACGAGGAUCCAGGACAACCUUUUUCUCGCCUGGUGGAUUCAACUUUUCAGCAAACGGAGCACUUGUGGAUGCCUGGCUGUAUUUCCCGUGCAUAAAGAUAAAAAAAGCGGCCGAAUGAUUCCCGAACCGGACUACAAUGAGGACGACAGACCAAACUACCGACGAAUUUACAACAAUUUCAACAACAACAACAUCAACGAGAAUAUGAAGGAACGCUUGGGCGGCGGAGGCGUCGUCAUGGACAAGGAAGGCCUGGUGGUUCCACGAAAGCCCCCCAAUCCUUGCAUCGCCUCGAUGGAACGUCGUGACCUGCACCGUGAACUCGCGUUCCACCAGAAAACAGGAAAAGCUGUGCUGAAUCAGAAAAGUGAACUGCAACGAGCCUUGCAGAAACAGCGAGAAGUGCAGAGCAGGAAAGAAGUUGAAAAGGAACGUUUGUCUACGCGUUCAGCUCUGGAAAUCACGCUGGAAAAGCGUGCUCAACGUCUUGAAGAGCUGGAGCGCGGUUUCACCACGAACGAGUCUAAGCAGCAGCCAAUGUCACCAGAAUCCAACAACGAGUUUCUGCGGAUGCACGCCAAACUGCGGGGACGGGUAGAACGUACCGCAGCCAUGCCUUGAGCGAUUCGUGCGGGUCAUUAAGGGAAUAAACAAAAAAAAAAAAAACAAGACGAAGAAAUAAGACUAGCAAACUGGAAAAAUUUCGUUUUAACCCCUCCACACCUGGAGAGGAUAAAUUAUAUAAGAGAAAAAGAUGAAGAAAAAUCAGUUCAUUUUUAAUCGAUAAGGCUUGAUCGUGUAAAAAUCUGAAAGUCACCCGUAAUUCAUAUUGCAAUCGUAUUUCAUUUCAAACCUCUUAAUAUCUCCCCCCUCCCUAUUUGUCUCUAUUUCUUUCCUUUUCUUUUUUUAAGUUCUCCAGUCCUCUUUAAUUUCGCUCUUUUUUUCGGUGUAAUCUCGUUCGUGUUAUAUCCACAAGUCUCCGUUGUGUGAGUGAUCUUGCAAUUGAUGUGAAGUUUACUUGUUCUCUUUGGAAUUCUGUUCUAGCUUUACAAUGUUGUCAGCUAGCGAUCAGAAUGAAAACUUGACUGUGACCUAUUGCAUAUUCAUAUCUAAUUUACCCUUGUCGCUUUUUCGUUACGCUCGAUGUCGACGCAGUCUGCUUUCACGCAUGACUACGGUAUACCGAUCAUAAUCUUGUACAUCAUUUUCAUUUCAGUUCAGUUUUUUAUGUAUAAUACACAAUCACAAUGAA